CCCCGCGCCAGGGCCUGGCCCGGCAUGCUUUGCGGCCGCACGUGCGGCGGCGUCCCGGGCGGCGGCACUGGAGGUUGUCAGCAGUGGCAGCACUCAUGGCUGGUCCCCUGUGGCGGGCUGCAGCAUUUGUACAAAGACACAGGACAGGCCUCUUGGUAGGUUCCUGCGCAGGCCUAUUUGGGGCUCAGAUCUCGUAUCACCUCUUCCCGGACCCCGUGGUCCAGUGGCUGUACCACUACUGGCCUCAGGGCCAGCCAGCCCCACUCUCUCCACAGCUGCAACGCCUCUUCCAAGAGGUGCUACAGGACAUAGGCAUCCCCGCGGGCCAUUCCUAUAAGCCCUUCACCGCCUUCACCUUCCAGCCUGUGGUUGCAGGCUUCCCAAGACUCCCUGCUGGGGCUGUGGUGGGCAUCCCUGCCAGCUUCCUAGGGGGCCUAGUAAUCAACACUGACCAUACCGUGGUCGUACAUGGGCAAAGAGUGAACUGGCAGACCCCAGCAGGUGCCAGACUGAGAGAUUCCCUGACCCUGUCGCAUGACGCCCAGAAGUUCGCCUUGGCCAGGGAGGUGGUGUACCUGGAAAGCAGUGCAGCUGCCCUGCAGGCCCUGCUGGCCCCAGCUUGCCUGGCAGGGACCUGGGCACUGGGUGUGGGUGCCAAGCAUGCCCUGGGGCUCUAUGGAGGCCCCAUGAAUUUACGGGCUGCUUUCAACUUGGUGGCAGCAGUGGCAGGCUUUGUGGCCUAUGCCUUCUUCUCGGACUCUCUCACUCAUUCCCUGGAAGCCUGGCAGGACCACCGCACGGCCUCCCUCUCUGCAGCCUAUGCCCAGGGUGGAGUGGAGUUCUAUGAGAAGAUUCUGUCAGGCAACCUGGCCCUGCGCAGUCUUUUGGGCAGGGAAGGGGAGAAGCUGUAUACGCCCAGCGGGAACGUCGUCCCCAGACACUGGUUCCGCAUCAAACAUUUACCGUACACCACCCGCCGGGACUCUGUGCUGCAGAUGUGGAGGGUGACACUGAACCCAGGCCGCUCCUGAUGGGCUCAUCGCAAGGACAGUUCCGGCUUGUGCAGGCACCACACUGCUAUUAACUCUUGGGGGCUCUCUUAGUGCCUCUACACCCACGGCUCACAGUCAGAAAAAUCACAGGCUUGGGAAUUAAAUAGCCUGAACUCUACCCUGUGAACUCAGCACUUACGAACUCGUUGACCCUGGGCAAGUUCCUUUAUGAAUCUGAGCCUUGGUUUCCCAAACUGUAAAAUGAAGAGACGAUGUAAACUACCUCGAAGAAUUGUAGGGUUAGGUGAGAUUGUGAACUUAAGGGCCUGGCAGAGAGGAUGUGCCAUAAAUAAACAGGACAUUCCCUCC